AAUACCCAAUUUCAUAGUCCACGUGCGGAAAAUUUCCUUUCUGUUACGUUUUCAACGUGGUCAUCCCUUUCAACGAGCAGGGUACUGAACUGAACCAAUUGAACCGCACACAACAGCACACAACUUGUAACUUGGCACAGGUCGCAUUUGGGUUGCCCGGACAACUGACGUAGUUUGUUGAAUUUCUUUUGGUUCCAGAAAAAAUAAAGUCAAGUUUGGUGAAGAUAAUUGAUUCGCUGAAUUUCAUUAUCACCUACGUGCCAUUUUAGUGCAAGUAUGCCCGAGCAGCAAAUUCCGGCAUACGAUAGGCCAUCUUCGAGUUCUUCGUCGGAGCCGGUUUCCCAGGAGCACUCCCUCGUGGGGGCCGUCGACGAGCGCAGAAACAACGCAAAUGACCGCGAAAACCAAUUUGUAGCCAUCAGAAAUUUGAUGAAUAAUAAUCGCAAUUCGCGAAAUGGCAUUCGCGCUAUGAUUCCACACGUUCCAUUCGAACGAUCUUUUAUUCCGGCACCGACAAGGUACUAUCCGAUAGUAAUCCCAGCGGAACCAACAAUUGAAGAUCUUCUGCGCCAAGCAGCCGGGACCAGUGAAUUGCAUCGAGUGUCCGAAAUCAAGCUCAAGGUAAUAUCUCACAUGACCAGCCUGCAAAGAAUUCCGUUCUUCAUACCGAAUUUGCGGGGGCUUACAUUGGAGGGCAGUAUUGUAACGACCUUGAGGGAUUUGGGUUGCGAUAUGACGUCGCUUGUUUACCUGAACGUGAGUCGGUGCAGUUUGAAAAAUUUGGAUGGCACCAGUGGGUUGGAAACGUUGGAGGAACUGGUGGCUGACUAUAAUACGAUUGAGGAAGUAGGACCGUGUACCAACUUGACCAUGAUCAAGAAGAUCAGCUUGAAGGGCAAUCGUAUAACGGAUCUCGGCAGCUGCACAUUUCUCGCACUUUGUGAAAAUUUGGAAGUGUUGGACCUUCGCGAGAAUUUCGUUUCGGAAAACCCAUCGUUUCGUCACAUGUUGAAAGAAAAUAUCCCACAGCUUCGCUGUCUGAACGAGAUUCCAUUCUCCGAAGUUGCGCGAGAGGAAAAUUCCGACAUGUCCAGUUCCGAGUACAGGUCAAGCUCAUCGAGUAAUGAUGACGAACGUCGAGGUCGCUGGGAUGUUCGGGGAGCUGGCGACGGAGCUUGGAACGAACGUCAACUUCGACCCGCAACAAGCCAUCAAGAACGAACCGUCACUGUGGAGCUGUUAGAUGAUGCUCGACCCGCAUCGGCUGACGCUACUAGAAUAAAGAGUCAACUGACUUCAGGUGAACCGAUUUGCGGAACAAUUGUAACAAAAGCCCGUCGAACCCGAAGACACCGAACGGUUUGGGGUGAAUCUACGUCCUGCUCCAGUAUGAGUAGCUCUGAUUCAUCCUAUUCAAAAGAUUUUCCUGAUCGCCUUCCACAAAAGCACGUUGAUUUAGAGCUAGGCGUUAUCGGUAUGCAAAACCAACCAACCGUAUCGACAGAAGGCGCAGGCGAUGAUUCACAAAGUUUGCUACGAGCGGCCCGAAUGUGGCGGCAACGAUCACUUCAAACGCGGGAAGCCAUUCGUGAACAUGACCAACUGACACGCCAUAUGAGCGAGGACUAGCGUUAGAUUAAUUUAAACUAAGUUUUCUUUGUUGACUGCACUUACAUAGAUUUUAUUCUUGCUAAUAAACUCUUAGAGCUAGUAGGAAAAAAAAACCAUUUCAC